AUGACUUAUGGGUCUGCAUUAGUUCAUGUAAAAAGAAAUUAUGAUAAACUCAUGCACGCUCACUUAAAAUCAAUUCAAGAAGUAAGAAUUAUCAAAAAGUCUAAAUGUGGCAUACUUCCUUUUGUUGCCAACUUUGAGUAUUUUGCCAAGACAGCUGAACAAAUAUUUAAAGAAACAGAGCGUCGAACUGAUUUAGAUAAAUGGUAUCUUAAACUCUUAACUGUAAUGUUUGAAACUAUUCAUUCAAUUGCCAGUGAACACCCUAAGACUCCCUCCGAAGUUAUCAGAAUGGAGAACUUUCACCAUUUAUAUGCAUUGCUGUCUCAAUUAAAAAUUGGUAUAUUAGAUCAAUUCAGAAAAGAUGCAAAACAAAAACCGCUCGAAAAACUGAAUUUAUUCUUUGAGGUUGAAGCUAAGGUUUCACAAGGUAUAAAAGAAUCAGAAGUUGGUUAUCAAGUGGCUUUCAGUAAACAAGAAUUAAGGAAAGUAACCAAAGAGUAUCAUGGACGAGAGAUGAAAAAAGGCUUCGAUCAUUUAUAUAAAAACGUAGAAAAACACCUUAGUGAAGAAGAAAAUUUACUACAAGUGGUUUGGAGAGCUAUGCAAGAAUCCUGGUUCCAUAAUUUCAUUAGAAUUUUCCAUUGA